GAAUUGCCUGGCGGGUGCCGGCGAUGGCGGCGUCACUCCCGCGACCCGGGAGUCGGCUCUUCCGAACCUAUGGGGCGGCCGGCGGCGGGGCCCCGCGGCGGCGGCCGGGCCAGGCAGUCGUGCAGUGGUUCCCGCCGCAAGACCAGAAGCGUCUCUUAAGCAGCAGUAGCAGCGACGCCAGCGGCGGCGGCCCCUCGCGGUCUGUGGUCUCCGAUGACCCUGACGACCCCGACUUCCCCGGCAGCCCGGUGGGCCGGCGGCGGAGGCCCACUGGCGGCCGACUCUCCAAGGACCGGCCGAGUCUGAUCGCGACCCCGAGACGCCUGAGGCUGCGAGCGCGGUGCCCGCAGAAGUGCAGCACCCCCUGCGGCCCGCUCGGACCGCCGCCCUUCCCCAGCAGCAACCCCGGCCUCCUGAGCCCGGACCUCGGUGUGUGCGGCCAGCCCGGGGACGGCGGCGCGCUGGGCACCAGUGCCUCCCUGUUCAUUUCUCCGGCCUCUCCCGGCCCGGGGUCCCCUGAGCCAGGAGACAGCAUCUGUACCGACCCCUCCGCCUUUCUGGAUGCAGCCUGUGGAGCUCCGAGCGGCUUCCACCUCCCGGAAGCCUCCCUGGACCAGGCACCUCUCCCCUGUUACCAGGAGGCAGAGACAGCAGGAGGCAGGCUCACCAGGUUGGCCCACCGAGCCCGUGCCAGCAUCAGGUCAGCUCUCUUUAGCCUUUUGGACUCGGAAAAUCCUGAGGAUUCUGAGUUUGGGGCAGAUGGGAAGAAUAUGCGGGAGUCCUGCUGUGACAGGGGAUUGGCCGGGAGGAGACUGGAGAGCCCAGGUUUAUCAAGCAUGGGUAAGAAGAGGGCCACAGACCCGGGCUCUUGGCGAGAGAUUGGGUCUCCAGGGGCCAUCCAGAUAGAAUACGGGGAGGCCGGUGGCUGCAAGGGCAGUAUCGCACCUGGGAAAAGCAACAGGCCUGAGAGAACUGGGCCAAGCCGGAAAAGGAAACAUCAGGAGACAGCAGAAACCUCCCUCCUCCAUCACCACCAGUUUAAAAAAGGCCAAAAGAUUGGAAAAGGGUCAUUCGUCACCCAGGACCUGACUCGUUUACAGGAGGCCUGCUCUUGGACCAAAGCCAGGGCCUCCUUCAGUUUCCACAAGAAAAAGAUUGUGACGGCUAUGUCAGAAAUGUGCAGCAGCUACACCAUUGCCAAUUCACUCUCCGAGUCCCUCAUAUCAGAAUAUUCAAACCCUCCUGUCACAAACAGAACAAACAGUGCCCUGUCCCCUUGGCACUCGUCCUCCAUGUAUUUGCUUACCCCCUUAAAGACACUACAUGGCACAGACAAAAAAGCAUCCGAUGCAGAAAAGGUUUAUGGGGAAUGCAAUCAGGAGGGUCCUAUCCCCUUCAGCGACUGCCUUUCUGCAGAAAAACUGGAAUGCUGUGAGAAGAUCGGGGAAGGGGUGUUCGGUGAGGUGUUUCAAACGGUUGCUAACCACACACCUGUAGCCCUAAAAAUCAUUGCUAUUGAAGGACAGGAGUUAGUCAAUGGAGCUCAUCAGAAAACUUUUGAGGAAAUCCUUCCAGAGAUUAUCAUCUCCAAAGAGUUGAGCCUCUUGUCUGAUGAGGUAUGCAACCGCACGGAAGGCUUCAUUGGGCUGAACUCGGUACACUGUGUUCAAGGCUGUUACCCCCCCUUGCUCCUCCAAGCCUGGGAUCGCUAUAAGGCAACCAAAGGGUCUGCAAAUGACCGGCCUGACUCUUUUGAGGAAGACCAGCUCUUCAUCGUGCUGGAAUUUGAGUUUGGAGGGAUUGACUUAGAGCAAAUGAGGACGAAGCUGUCCUCCAUCACCACUGCAAAGAGCAUCCUGCACCAGAUCACCGCGUCCCUCGCCGUGGCAGAGGCAUCACUGCACUUUGAGCACCGAGACUUGCACUGGGGUAAUGUGCUCUUAAAGAAAACCAGCCUCAAAGAGCUCCACUACACCCUCAACGGGAAGACAAGCUCCAUCCCCACCCGAGGGCUGCAGGUCAACAUCAUCGACUAUACCCUGUCGCGCUUGGAGCGGGACGGGAUCGUGGUUUUCUGUGACAUUUCCAUGGACGAGGACCUGUUUACAGGAGAAGGUGACUACCAGUUUGAGAUCUACAGGCUGAUGAGGAAGGAAAACAACAACUGCUGGGGCGAAUAUCACCCUUAUAACAACGUGCUCUGGCUACACUACCUCACCGAUAAGAUCCUGAAAGAAAUGACCUUCAAGACCAAAUGUAACACCCCCACCUUGAAGAAAAUGAGGAAAAAGAUCCAGCAUUUCCAUGAGACUAUGUUGAACUUCCACUCUGCCACGGACCUGCUCUGCCAGCACAGUCUGUUUAAGUAAGCUGGGGGUGCCGACUGCCCCCAAAGGAGAGGGUCUGGAAGCCCCCGAUGCCGUUUUUAACCUCUGUCCCCACAGCAGGGUGGGAUUCCUGUUCUUACAGGUUUCCAAUCAGCUUUUCAAACAAGAAUUUUGUUUCCAAGUGGACACUGAAAUGUUUGUUGUAAUGUUUAAACUUAACAAAUAUUCUUUAAAAAAUAAACUAUACAUGAGAACAAGCGUUUACAAAUGAAAAGCCCUCUUUCUGUCAGCAGACUCCAUUUUGUAAAUUCCUUUCCACAUUUUCCUUUUUGAGCCUUGACACUUUAUGUAGCCUGAGCAGAAAAAAAAAAAAAUCAGGAAAGCCCAAGGCCUCAGCUGCCACACUGCUCAGAGCCAGUUGCUGUUGGUGUCAUAAGGCUGGCUUUGACAGUUGAGGAGUCAGCCGAAAGCAGAGAGGCUGUAGCAGAGCAGAGGCCUCGGCAGACAGACCGGAAGGCAAGAGGAAAGGAAGAUGGUAGACAGUUUAUAGGGAGAAGUGCGAGAAACGCCACAUGUUUAUCAAGCUCAUUUGCCAAUCACAGAGAAGCAGAAUUUAUCAAUGAUUUUCAAAGGGAAAAUAAAUGUCUCCGUGGCUACUAAAAAA